GUAUGUGAUGAGUUGGUAUAUACAACCUAGGAGCUUAUCAAAACAUACGCGAUGAUGAAGUGACAAUUUCGCAAAAUCAUAUUUGCCAUGCAAACACGUGAAUUUUGCACGGCAAUUUAUUUCACACAAUAGUGGCAAUUCUACAACGGUAUCAUCGAAGUCGUGUUGGCGUUAGUGUUAUCUAUUGCGUUUUCAUUACGAGAGUACAAUGCUUUGGUACAUCAAUCAGAAGUGACGAUUACACAUAUGUGUAAAUAUGAUGAUUUUUAUGUGAUUAAUUAUUAUACAAAUUUUUUCAUACUUGUGAGAGCCAUUUAUGUAACAUAAAAAUGUCGCAAGGAAAUGGUGCUGCUGUUGCAGUGCCGAAUAAUCAAAACGGUGCAGUAGCACAUAAUCUUCAUAGUCUUGCUGGUGUCAUAGGACCAGUUUUAAAUAACAAUAAUAUGAAUAUAGCUAGAAAUAACAAUAAUCAAAACCCGUUGAUUAACGUGCGAGACAGGUUAUUUCAUGCGUUAUUUAUCAAAGCAGCAUUAGCCUACGCACGAACAUUUCCAAGGCCUGUCAGGAGAUUUAUUGAAUUUAUAGUCCUUUUAAAGGCUAUAUUGGCAUUUUUUGUAUUGGCUUAUAUCCACAUAGUAUUUUCACGUGCACCAACCAAUUGUUUAGAGCACAUAAGAGAUGAAUGGCCGCGAGAUGGCAUAUUGAGAGUCGAAAUUCUCAGGAAUGGUGGUGAAGAUUAUAGUAUAGAGAAAAGUUACGCCAAAGAGGAGAAAUUGAGACAAGAGAAAGUUGGUGAUUUAACUGCUUUAGGAAUAAUAACUGGAGAUGGCUUUAUAAAUAUUGAACCGUCGGCCGUUGAGGAAGAACGAGACAUAAAUUCGGCCUCUGCCGAGGAGAAUCAUGAGAAUUUAACAUCACUUGAGCAAGAUCUGAUAAGAAGUGCAACAAUCUCUGGAGAUAUACAAAAUCCUGACUUAAGCACAACAAAUACAACAAUGAGCUCAUCGUUGUCAACGAAGCUUUGGAAUGGUUUAAAUAUAGCUAAAAAAAUAUCCUCUGGGGAAAAAAUUACGAGUGCAAAAGGUAACUCUACGGAAGUACCUGAUCAUUCAAAUGAAGAUAACGUUGUACAGUUAAAAGAUAGUACAUUGGACAUUGAUAAAACAGCUAGAAUAGAUGAUGGGUAUAUCGUGGAAUAUUCAUUGGAAUAUGGUUUCCUGCGAUUGUCACCAGCAGCUCGACAAAGACUAAACAUUCCAGUAAAAAUUGUCACUUUGGAUCCAUUGAAUGAUAAAUGUUUCGGUGAUGCAUUUUCGCGCUUGAUACUCGAUGAGUUUUUGGGAUACGAUGAUUUGUUGAUGGCAAGUAUUAAGACGCUAGCAGAACACGAAGACAACAAAGGUUUUUUACGGAACGUGGUAACAGGAGAACAUUAUCGAUUUGUGAGCAUGUGGAUGGCACGGACAUCAUAUUUAGCUGCAUUUUUUGUUAUGCUCGUAUUUACGGUGUCGAUCUCGAUGCUGUUGCGCUACUCACAUCAUCAGAUCUUUGUUUUUAUCGUUGAUCUCAUACAAAUGCUGGAGUUUAAUUUAACUGUGUCAUUGCCAGCUGCCUCCCUUCUGACAGUCGUCUUGGCAUUAGUAGGAAUGGAGGCGCUCAUGUCUGAAUUCUUUAAUGAUACAACCACUGCGUUUUACAUAAUCUUGAUAGUAUGGCUCGCCGAUCAAUACGAUGCUAUCUGCUGCCACACGGCUCUUACAAAGCGACACUGGCUAAGAUUCUUCUACUUGUAUCACUUCUCUUUCUACGCGUAUCAUUAUCGAUUCAAUGGACAGUACAGCAGUUUGGCGUUGGUCACAUCUUGGCUUUUUAUACAGCACUCGAUGCUAUAUUUCUUUCAUCAUUACGAGCUACCAGUGAUUCUGCAGCAAGCGCAUCUUCAGCAGCUCCUGUUUCGUAAUCACGCUCAGCCUCAGGCGCAACCAGCGACACCCAGCACGGCUCCGACCACCCCGGGAUCGGGCUCGUCGCCGUCGCCGUCGACGUCGCCAUCGCCAUCGCCGUCACCGUCAGCGGCGCUUUCGUCUUCGCCUUCGUCUUUACCCUCGUCGAGUUCGAAUCCGUCGACGAGAGAGCAGACACAGCAGAACUACAUUAGCGAGCUUUCUCAGCUUGACUUGGACCCUAGCAGUGCGGAGGGACAACAUUCUGCGAAUGAAGAUAUCGAGCAGACAUCCGCGGCGACGACAGCCGAUCGUCGGGACGAUUCCGCUCGAGAUUCCUGAAAAAUCCGGAAUUCUCAGGGUAUUUUUUUUUACAAAAUUUGAGUGAAUGCCCUGAGUACAUAAUAAAGAACAAAUCUUGCGUUAAAUCGCAGCAUCGGAGGACACGAUAGCGUUCGUCACAUCUUCCGAUGCCAGAACAAAGGCGGUGCCCUCAGCGUUCAGAGCUACGAGUUCGCUCGCCGAUACCUCGUCCUCUGAAGACUUCGAGGUCAUUGAGUCUGCCGAGGUGGUGCGCAAAGAAGCGUCUAUUGAAGACAAGAAGGAACAUUAGACUUUGACCAUGCUAGCCGCGUGACAGUCAAAGCACAGAGUGUAUCGUUUCCACACGACUCUGCUUUCGUCGAUUUUUCCUCCGCGGGAAAUCGGUGCAGUUAUUUUGUCAUGGAACUGUUAAUUAAUGCAGUCUCUCUCUCUACAUAUAAGAGAAUAAGCAAGAUAUGUGUUCGAAGCUUGUUAAUUUCGAUGAGGAUGAACUUGGGAAUUGUGUGUUUGAAAAUGUCAUAGGUAUCACGCUUUGAGAUCAGAACCAAUGGACGAAGAGGCGAAGAUUUAUACAGCGAUGUAGUUGUGGCAAUAAAUUUUCAGUGGGAGUAAUACAGGGGAUCAUCAGGGAUCGGGUUUCGUGCAAUUUCACACGUUUCAUUGUUAGACGUCAAGUAGAGUAGUGUAGUUAGCCAUUAUAAAUAUACUUUCUGAAAGGAUAAGAUGCUUUUAAAACAAUGUAAUUAAAGUAAGUGAAGCGAAUAGGAACGAGUAAAGAUUUGGAUGUUAAUAUAAAAUAAUAUCUCUUUAAUUUAGAAUUAAACACAAAUAAUUUAAUUAAUAAACACAAACGAAACGUUUGUACGGAGUCUUCUUUACUGUGCGCAUUAUUACAUUUACGGAGAGCUAAACGCAACGGUGUUCAUUUUUUUAUAUAACGCAAACAAUUUUAAAACACAAUGAAAGUCAACAUGUAAAACAAGUGAAUUUAAGUCAUUAGUCUAAAAGUUUCUUGAUUGAUUCGUCGUGUUCAAUUCUAAAUUAAAAAGAUAUUAUUUAUAUCAACACCCAAAUCUUUGCUCGUUCUUAUUGGUCGUACUUACUUUAAUUAAAUUCUUUUGAAACUCAUACGAGCUGAUUUCAUAUUAACGUGUAUUAAGUUGCUUUUAAUUUAUCGCAUUCGUAUGUGAAUUAUUUAAUAAUUCUUCUUUGUAAUGUAAUACAUGUUACUUUCUAAUACAAUUUGUCGUAUGUUUUAUUUGUUUUAUUACUAGAGAUUUAUGUUCAUUUGUUGAAAGAUGCGUUACACAAAUACGAAAUAUUACACUCAAUAUUACUUUCCGAUUGAAAUAUUUACAAAAAAUUUCAAGAUUUUUAUUAAUUUAUAAUUUGUUUACUUUAUAAAUGUAUUAUUUCUCUUAUUACAUAAAUAAAGUACAAAAUUCCAAAUAUUUCUUUUGUAUGUACGUUUCUAUUUAAUGUAUUAUCACCUAUUUUCAAAAUAAUGAAAAAUUAGAUUGUUUUACAUUCUAUAUUCUACUCGUAUAUAUUUGAAAGUAUUACAAAAAAUUUUAAGACAAUUUUCUGGAUCAAAAAUGAUUUUAAUAAAAAGUGAAAAUGUACUCUAAAAAACAUGUAUUAAGAAAUAAUGACAGAAAUAUAAAUAUUUGAUAUACAUAUAUAUAUAUAUAUAUAUACUUUAUGAUGUUCAAAAUGAGUUAUGUAAAGUUUUAUUGUGAUGCAGAUUAGUUAUUCUGUAAAUAUAUGAAAUUUAUUUACAGAACAAUUCAUUGUAAGUUCAAACUGCUAUGAAAUUAUGCGUAAAUCAUCUUAAAUAUGUAAAGUAUGUAUAAAAAUUGAUAUUUUUGUUAUUAUUUUUUAUAAUUUAGUAUUGUAAUAGUAAAAAAUAAUAACGAAUGAAGAGUAAAUAAAGUAUAAAAAUAUAUUGUUUAAUAAAAAUAAAAUGUUACAUACACACACAACUUUCACAUGUAUACAAUUUAUUUGAAGUGUGAGUGUUACGCAUUUGUAAAAAUAGGUGUAAUACAUUUUUAAUUAUUCUAUGUAUUUAUUCUGUCAUCCACUGGACAAUUAUGACAAUUUUACGUAUUCUGUAAAAGUGAUACGAUUAAAAUAGAAAACGUUUACAAAAAUCGGAGCUCGAUAAACUAUAUUAAAAGAUUACAGGAUUCGAAGAUUAUAAGAAAUUCUAUUUAACAUUGAGAUUUACAUGAAGAUUGGGAUGUGCCAAAAUCAAUAAAUUAAUAAUAAAAUUUCACCAAUAAUUCUUUGUAUAAAUCUUUACAGCAAGAUAAUGAAAUGUUGAACUGGUUCGUUGUUCGUAUUUGUCUCUGCACUCUUCGUCUCUUGAGAAUGUUAGGGAAGCACCUGUUGGCGAGGCAACUGAAAUCGCAGUUUCUGAGCGCAACAAUCGAAAUAUUCUUUUGCGCCUUUUUUUAUUCAUUCUAUUUGUACAUUAUGAUCUAACAUAAUAAUAAAGAUAAAGAUAUUUCUCACAGGUUAAUUUUUAUAUUGAAUAAAAGAUCACAUUGUUAAAAAGGAUAAGGUGAUUUUUCUUCUGUUUACGUUACGAUAAAUGUUACUUAUAUCAAUAACAUAAGAGCAUACAAUUGACAUAAUUAAAAUAAAUAAAAUCAUAUGUGAAGAUUAUUACGCGAUCGAUCGUUUACUCUUUUUCUCUCUUAAUAAUAUUUUUUGAUGCUUCGCGAAUGUGUUCGCUCGAUUAGAUUGCGGCUUAAUAGAGAGAUAAAAGAAUAGACGCAAUCAAGAGUUUUGGCUAAUAAACAUUUUGAAAUUACCAAAUACUCGUGUAAUAAUGUAAAGGAACUGUUUGCUGCGUAAGAAUUUUCUUGGUAUAAAUAUAAAUUGAUACGUACCUAAUCUUGCGCUCAUUAGCAAGUCAUUUCGAAUACUGUAUAUAAGAAUGUUGUGAUUAAUCAAAUAGGGGCAAUGUAUCUUACAUAUAUCUUUUUUCCCUUCUAUUCCUAUAAUAUAUUUUAUAAUGUGCUUAAGGUCUAGGAAUGUUACACAUUUGGACAUUUCUAACUCAUUAUUUUAUAAUUAAUUGUUCAGUUUAACGCGGGUUUAAUUAGCCUAAGAGGUUAUAUACAUCUUAACGGAUCAAAAUGAGACUUUUGUGAAUUUUUUGUGAAAAAAACAGAAAAAGAUGGAGAAUAUUUAUAUGUUUAGCAUAUUUAUUUCAUUACGUUGUAAAGAUUAUACCUUCCUCAAUUUGAUACUUAAAUAUUAUUAAAAUCAAUCUUAUCUUUUACGGUUUUUCCAAAAAUGCGCAAAGUUAAGUCUCUAAGUGUGUAUAUCUCCUUAAGUUGCAAUUGCAGAUCUACUUUGUACCUCUUAACGAGUUUGUUACAUUGACGUUAAGCAGCUUUUUUGUCAUAUAUAUAUAUAUAUAUAAUAUUUGCGCAACGACCUUGUAACGAUACCGAACUGUUAAGAGUUACAGAAUAGGCCUAUGCUAUUGCUAAAACGGCAGAACGUUGCAAACUAUUAAUGUAGCGAUAAAGAAACGAGAAGAAAUCUUGAAUAUACAUCGCGAAAGAAAUCGUUUUUGAUGGAAUCGUCGGUACCGCAUUCUCCAACUUGAUGCGUUGUCAUUUAAGGUCGAUAAUUGUUAUAGUGUAAGUAUACAUUGUAUGUUUAUGACGUAUGGCAUUUAUAACGUUUUUUAUUGAGCGGCACCGAGGCGCACUCAGUGCGUUUUGUAUUGAGACCAACACCUAUUGAAGCUCAUGCCAAAUUUUUGCAUUUGAGUGCGCACUCAGUUUGUCCAAUGAAAUACGCUAUUAGUGAUAUAUGUACACUAUGUAUACUAUGUAUUAUUGGCAAGUGAAAUGACAUGUUUUUUUUAUUUAUUAAUUAUGUCAACUACGACACGAGGAUAGUCAAACUUUCCUGCCAAAAUACGUACCGGCAUUAGUAACGCUAUUUCGAAGUUUGUUUUCAAAAAAUACGAAUUUAAUAAUGAAAAAAUCAAUAUGGCGUCAUUACAACGCUACAAUACACAGUACUGCAACAGAUGCCUGAAUACAGAUGAGUAUAACAUAAUUGAAUGCACAGGGAAAAGUUUGUUAGGAUUAGUUUUUAAGAGGAUGCUAAACCUACAACUGAACUUCCUCUCGACGUCGCGCGCCGGUAUGACAGAUUCGUGCGCGGGGCGAAGGGUAAGGGAGAACGCUGACAACAAGCUAACGCCCUUUGUCCAACGCAUAUAUCUGUCGUUGCUCUUCGAUUGUAGCUUCAUUUGCGAAAAGACCUAUCAACUAUUGUUGCACACAAUCACUGCUCUGCUUGCCAUCGUUUACGUGCGCUAAGCGAAAUUUAUACACGUACUGCUGUUCAGGGACUAAACUUUUUUGUUAGGCUUUUGAUUGGAAUGGUACACAGUCAGUGUUGUUCGUUAGAGUUUUCUGUAGGGUGGCACGGUUUCAUUUCAUACAUAUGAGCUACAAAACGUCAGUAAAUGAUAAAAGUUAACCUCGAUUGACAGAUUCACGAGCCGAAAGUAAAUAAAUUUUCAACUUUGUUUUUAUUUUCUUGUAAAAUCUCUCGUAUCACCUUUUUUGAUGCGUGCUUUCAUUCUGCAAAAGGAUUUUGUGAUUUGUUGAGCCAAUUCAAAGAAUAAAAAAAACUGUAAUGUGUCGGUAAUUCCCGUUGGUUUAGGAUUUUCUUAAUCGUCAGACAUUUCCCCACGUCAGUCUCGUAACAUUUUUAUAUAUUUUCCUUACAUCAUCAAUCACUUUGAGAUUAUUCGUAAUGCAAAACUAUAUCAUUAUUCACUAUAUCACUUUUGCACUUGAUCGCACUUACAAUUUAAUCUUUACUCGGCGACAGUAAAAUUUCGAAUUUGCUUGUCCGAAGCACCUGUUCUAACGGACUUACUUAACAAAAAGUAUAAAGACAGAUUAUAAUAAAAUAUAGUUUUUCGCUUCGUCAAGAUAAACCGAAAUAUCUAUAAUAUAAAUACACACUUUGCGUUCCCUUCGCUCGAAUGUGUAGGUUCGAAUAUAUGCUGUAAACCGAUGCUAUAUUGAUUUAUUAGCUAUUAAGUUUAUAUUUUCUGAAGGCAAAUUUUUGCAUGGCAUUACUAACAUACAAUACCAUAGCGGUACAAAUUCUCCCGUAAGAGUUUGAUCCCUUCUCAUCAAAAUGAUUCAUGCAAAAAGACAAAAAAAAACACGAGCGUCACACUUGUUAGAGAUUGAAGUUAAUAACAAAUGAUGCGUAUGUCUUUAUCGUACAUCUAUUGUUGAUGUAAAUUAUCGAUUUUGGCAUGUAUCAGCGUACUACAAACGCUAUUGAGCAGUAUUCCGACGAAGUAACACCAAGUAACGAUCAGAAAGGAAAAAAGAAUUGCGCGGAAUUGUACAAAUAUGCUUAGUUAAGUCAGAGAGGAAAUUCGAAAAGAGUAGGUUAUUUAAGAAUAUUGUAAAACCCCCGUUUUGUUAUCACCCGAAUCACAUUCGUAGACGAGCGCUUCUAUAAAAUAUAUUUUUAUUUAUUACAUACUAUAUAUAUUUUUUUGGUUGUAUAUAUUAUCAAAUAAUAUUGUUACUAUUAUUCUACUACUGUGCUACUAUUGCAGCUGUUAUUAUUAGAUUAUAAAUAAAUGCAGAGAUCUUAUUCUAC